AUGCAUUCGCAACGCUAUAUAUGCGCUGUAGGAUGGUGUGUUGGCAUGAACCCUUUCCACACACACUCGCCGCAGCCUCAGGUAGUUGCCGGUAGCACGCAUCAGCCACCGCCACGCGCCGCGUAAUAUUGUUUCACGUCGGGCCUAGGCCACACGCUCAACAGCACAACAACUCAACAGCAGCGGUCGGGGCAGCUGAGCCCGGGCGCGCAUUCGGGGAUAGCCAUCCAUCCAUCAUCUGUCCUGCGGCCGGGGCGUGACCCCAGAGUCAUCGUCACACGCAGGCUGUUGUAAGACAGAGUCAUUUCCCAAAUUUGGUGCGUGCCGACAUCUCCAAUGGGGCGGCUACAUCAUGCUUAUUAUACUGCGUUACAGCUCGAGCUCGCGUCUUGUUUUCGCUCCCCACCCCGCCCUAGAGCCAUGUCUUCCCCUCCCGGAGCGCGACCGCGCGCCAGUCUAGACAGAAGAGAGGUGCGCUGGAGUUUGACAAUCGAGGCGUAUUCGGCGAUGAAUACGCCGGAGUCGUGGACUUCCGCGUUGCCGUCAGUGGACGACACUGACACUGACAUACCUACUCGACUUGAAUCCCCACCAGAGCGGCACGAGCAGCUUCCGGUCGCCGAAACGCCCCCACGGCUCCCCCCCGACUCCACGAGUAGAAUGCGAACAACUCUAACACUGCCUCGGCGCGAGUCUGAGGCUGUGAUCCCCGCCGAACCACGCCGAUUACAGCUCCACCCGGCAUUGGCCCCGGCGACGGCGCUCACGCUCGACCUAUCUUUCCCCUCCGAUGCUUUCCAAGCCAACCCCCUUCUGACGGCCGACCUUCUCCUCACCCCCGCCUGCACCCCCCCGCGCAACUCACUGACGAUUCGUCUUUCCACGCCGCCCGGCGCGCCGAUGGCGUACAAGACGCGCGUCGAAGUGCGCUCUAAGACGAUUGGACAAGCGUUCGUCAGCAUCGGCGAUGUCUUGUCCAAAAUUCAUCGCACCAUCCGGGCGUACGACUCGGGCCAGGUCCCCGCGUCGCCGACCAUCAGCACCAUCAGUUCCGGAUCGGGCUCCGCCUCCGGAUCAAGUGCUCGGGGCUCGCCGUCGCCGUCGCCGACCCACCCGAGCGCGCCGUAUUCGCCCGUGCAGGCCGCGGAGACGCUCCAGCGGUACCUCGUGCGCCGCGUCGCAACGGUGAACGGGUUCUGUCCGGACCGCCCGCUGUCCGUGCAGCACGCAAACAUCGAGCGCGAGAGUGCGGGCGGGACACGUGUCGUCGACCGGUUCGUGGGGCACACACUCUUUGCGGGGCUCAUGCCGCUCGAGGGUGCAAGCGAGGGCCACCUCCAGCUCGUGCUAGCUGUGCCUGAGCGCUACCGGGAGGCUCCGCCAACGCCUCCGAGUCCGCGCGGUGCCGAUUUAAUGUGA